CAGAUUUUUCGUUACGACGCUGUUGAUCAUGCGGUACAGUUACCAAGCAAGUGGAUACCACGUAUAGAUAUACAUGUGUAUCGAAAUGAUCAAAAACUGGUUAGAAGCGAAACUGAUCUUCAAAUUCAGUUGUGCGUUCAAAGUGUAAGGUGAUUAUUUCUAGUUGUUCAUUUAGACGGUACCGUGAACAAAGCACACACAAAGGUGUUACUUGCUGUGGAAAAGCAAUGGGUCUCAUAACUCUGCACUGGUUCCUCGAUGUCAUCGUCGUAUUUCUUUCGAUGGUCGUGCUGGCCUACUUCUAUAUGACACGAAAUUUCAAUUACUGGCCGAAGAGAAAUGUAACAGAGGUUCCGCCAAAACCAUUUUUUGGAAAUUUCCUCGACUGCUGUCUCUUCCGACAAUCAGCUUCCGGAUGCCUCAACGCAGUUUACCAACAGGCGAAAGGUCUUUCGUACAUAGGAUUUUACAUCUUCGAUAAGCCGGCUUUGAUGUUGCGAGACCCUGAAAUCAAUAGACGGAUUUUGAUCAAGGAUUUCAGUUACUUUGUCGACAGAUAUGCAAAAUCAGCGGAAUCCGAUCCUAUAGGAUCCGCAAAUCUAUUCCUCUUGAAAAAUCCAGCAUGGAAGAGUCUGCGCCAUAAAAUUACGCCUAUCUUUACGUCUGGAAAAAUAAAGCGGAUGUUCCACCUGAUGUUGGUAGUUGGCGAAGAUCUCGACACUCAUUUAAGUACUCUUCAAUUGGAAGGGAAUGGAAACAUCGUCGAAGCGAAAGAGAUUGCCGCCCGGUUCACGACGGACGUUAUCGCAUCCUGCGCCUUUGGCUUGCGAGCUAAUUGCUUGAACCAUCCAAAAGCAGAGUUCAGACAAUGCGGAAGAAGCAUGUUUGAGUUCACUUACAAACGCGGUGCUGAGUUUGCCGCCUUCUUUUUUAUUCCAAGGCUAGUCACUCCGCUGAAUUUGAAGUUCUUCUCAACGGACUCCUCCGAUUUCAUAAGAAAGGUUUUCACGGAAACCUUCAAUACGCGAAUGAACAGCGAUGUUUGUAGAGAAGAUCUUAUCGACCUGCUCAUUCAGCUGAAACAGUCCGAUUCUGAAGAUUCCCAAGGUUUCAAACUCGAAGGAGACACGUUGGUUGGACAAGCGGCUACCUUUUUUGCCGCGGGAUUUGAAACCUCAUCAAGCACCCUGUCUUUUGCCCUUUACGAGCUGGCUCUACACCCAGAUAUCCAAUCAAAACUUCGAGAAGAGAUAACAUCAGCUUUAGCGAAUAAUGGAGGGAAAAUAACCUACGAAAUGGUGCUGAGUCUUGAAUACCUUGACCAGGUCGUCUCUGAAACUCUGCGAAAAUAUCCAUCCGUCCCUUUUUUGGACAGAGUUGCAAACACGGACUACAAACUGCCAGAAUCCGGCCUGGUCAUUGAGCGGGGAACUCCGGUGUAUAUUUCUCUCCUUGGGCUUCACUACGACCCAGAAUAUUACCCCGAGCCUGAUAAGUUUGACCCAGAGCGAUUCACCGAAGUGAAUAAAGCGAAGCGUCCUGCCUUCACUUAUUUGCCCUUCGGCGACGGUCCCCGUAACUGCAUUGGUCUUCGGUUUGGGCAGCUCCAAGUGAAACUGGGAAUUCUCAAAUUUGUAUCGAACUAUGAGCUCUCUGCAUGCGAUGAAACGAUGAUCCCUCUACGCUUCAACCCAAAAUCUCUCCUCGCGGGACCGGACGGUGGUCUGUUUCUUCGUGCCCGUAAAAUUUCUCAAACACCCAUGAUUUGCGAUAAAUUGAUACAGCUGAUAUCUAAUCUGAUGGGAUUCGGUAAUUAUCCCAAGUAUAUUUCCGCGCGAAAUCACAAAAUGGUUUUCUUGACGCCAUCUUGGAUCUUGAGUGCCGCGAUUCUCUUCUUCACCGCCCUCGUGUUGGCUUACUUUUACAUGACACGGAACUUCAACCACUGGAAAAAUAAAGGUGUGACGGAAGUAACGCCGAUCCCAUUUGUUGGAAAUUUUGGUCAAUGCCUUCUCUUCCGGCUAUCGGUAUUCGAGUACCUUGCGGAAAUCUACAAAUGGGGCCAGGGCCUGCCCUACGUGGGGUUCUACAUAUUCGACAAGCCAGCUUUGGUGCUCCGUGAUCCGGAGGUCAUCAAGAGCGUCUUACUCAAGGAUUUUCAGAACCUCCCGAACAGAUAUGGGACUGCAUCCAGCAAAGACUUCGUCGGAAAUAACAACUUGUUUCUCAUCAAGAAUCCUGACUGGAAGAACCUGCGCUACAAAUUGACAUCCGUGUUUUCUUCGGGAAAGAUGAAGGCGAUGUUCCCAUUGGUCAACGCUGUCGGGGACGAUUUGGCUACCUACUUCGAGCACCUCAAUCUGGAAGGUGAGGGUCAAGUGCUCGAGUUGAAGGAAAUCUGCGCCAAGUACACGACCGACGUUAUAGGCACCUGUGUUUACGGCUUGCAGGUCAACUCGUUGGCAAACCCGAAUGCUGAGUUUAGAAAAUACGGGAGAAGGAUGUUUGAUUUCACCUGGAAACGCGGCGCCGAAAUGAUGGCCAUAUUCUUUAUUCCCGGGAUCACAAAUUUCUUCGGAUCCACGCUCUUCGAGGGUGAGAGCUCGAAUUUCAUGAAGAAAGCCUUCUGGGAAACUUUGACGACCCGCAUGCAGACUGGCUUGAAGCGCAACGAUCUCAUAGACCUUCUCAUAGAGCUGAGGAAUAACCAAACGGACGACGACUUGUUCCAAUUUACUGACGAAAACAUGGUCGCCCAGGCUGCAAUCUUUUUCGCAGCAGGAUUCGAAACCUCGUCGACACUGGUGUCUUUCACGCUGCACGAAUUGUCCCUGCAACCUGAGCUGCAAACCAAACUCCGUGAAGAAAUCCUGACAGCUCUGGAAGAAAGCGACGGAAAGCUGUCCUAUGACCUGGUGCAGAACCUUCCAUACCUGGCCAAGGUCGCCUGGGAAACUCUUCGAAAAUAUCCCUCGGUGCCGUUUUUGGACAGAGAGGCUAUUUGCGAUUACACAAUUCCAAAAACUGGCCUCUUAAUCAAGAAAGGAACUCCCGUCUACACUCCAUUACUAGGGCUUCACUAUGAUCCGGAAUAUUACCCUGAUCCCGUCAAAUACGAUCCGGAGAGAUUCAGUGAAGAAAACAAGAAAAAGCGACCUGCCUUUACGUAUUUGCCGUUCGGCGAAGGUCCUCGUAACUGCAUUGGUCUUAGAUUCGGACUAAUGCAAGCAAAGAUUGGUCUCAUCAAAAUCCUCUCAAAGUUCGAAGUCUCUCCGUGUAACAAGACCCUCAACCCCAUGCGCGUAGAUCCAAAAGCACUCACUUACUCGUCGGAUGGUGGCUUGUUCCAUCGAGUACGAAGAAUCACGACGACAGCCGGGUAAAAGAUAACUGCGAAUCCUAUUCGUUGCUCGUAUAAGCCUAGUAAACUGCACGGUGCUUACGCCACGAAGUAGAAAGUCAAAUUCAAGAAUUAACCCACCUUAAGUAAAUGGUAGACAGCGUCUCGAAUACGUUUGAUCACACAUGCGUAAAACAGUAAAGUACUUUUUAUAUUCAACGUUUAUACAAAGAA